AAGCAGAUCGCCGCGUCGUCGUCUCGCCCAAAUCGGAGAAUAAUUCCAACGCCUCACGCACCGCGCACACCAAAAGCUACGGAGUACUACUACGCGUCCCCUUCCCACUGGUAGGCAGGAAGGAGGAAUCAGCAGCAGCAGCCACUGGGGACCAGCCGGCGAUGGCGUCCAUCUCGCGGAGCCUCCGGCGAUCCCUCGCCCCCGACACCUGCCACCGCCUCCUCCUGCAGGCGCGGGGCUUCGUCACGGCCGAGUGCCACCGCCCCGUCGUCCUCCACAAGCGCGGCCCCGACAUCCUCCACGACCCAUGGUUCAACCGGGGCACGGCGUUCUCGAUGACGGAGAGGGACCGCCUCGGCCUCCGCGGCCUGCUCCCGCCCAGCGUCGUCUCCUCGCAGCAGCAGAUCGACCGAUUCAUGGGCGACCUGAAACGGCUGGAGCAAAACGCGAGAGAUGGGCCAUCUGAUACGUACCAACUCGCGAAAUGGCGUAUUCUCAACAGGCUGCAUGACAGAAACGAAACAAUGUACUACAAGGUCUUAAUAGAUAAUAUCGAGGAGUAUGCACCUAUUGUUUACACACCGACUGUUGGUGCUGUUUGCCAAAAUUACAGUGGCUUAUUUAGACGGCCUCGGGGAAUGUAUUUUAGUGCAGAAGAUCGUGGGGAAAUGAUGUCCAUGGUGUACAACUGGCCAGCUGAUCAGGUUGAUAUGAUAGUGGUGACUGAUGGAAGCAGGAUAUUGGGCCUCGGUGAUCUAGGGGUGCAAGGUAUGGGGAUUUCUAUCGGAAAGCUGGAUUUAUAUGUUGCUGCUGCUGGAAUAAAUCCCCAGAGGGUUCUUCCAGUUAUGAUUGAUGUGGGAACGAACAAUGAGAAACUCCUCAAGGAUCCUCUUUAUCUUGGGCUACAGGAACACCGUCUUGAAGGAGAAGAAUAUGUUGAAAUUAUUGAUGAAUUCAUGGAAGCUGUUUUUUCUCGUUGGCCCAAUGUGAUUGUACAGUUUGAAGAUUUCCAAAGCAAGUGGGCAUUCAGGUUGUUGCAGCGUUAUAGGAACACAUACCGCAUGUUUAAUGAUGAUGUGCAGGGAACUGCUGGCGUUGCAAUAGCUGGUCUGCUGGGAGCUGUACGUGCACAAGGAAGGCCGAUGAUAGACUUCCCAAAGCAAAAGAUUGUUGUUGCAGGUGCUGGCAGUGCUGGGAUUGGUGUUGUGAAUGCUGCAAGCAGGACAAUGGCAAGGAUGCUGGGAAACAAUGAUGUUGCUUUUGAGAGUGCUAGGAGUCAAUUCUGGAUAGUCGAUGCUCAUGGUUUAGUAACAGAGGAACGUGCAGACAUUGACCCAGAUGCACGUCCUUUUGCUAGGAGAAAGAGUGAACUGACUCACCAAGGCCUAAGCGAGGGGGCAAGCUUGCUUGAAGUGGUUAAAAAGGUGAAGCCUGAUGUCAUACUUGGACUAUCUGCUGUUGGUGGUUUGUUCUCAAAGGAGGUUCUGGAAGCACUAAAAGAUUCAUCCUCUUCCAGACCAGCAAUUUUCGCAAUGUCCAAUCCAACUAAGAAUGCUGAAUGUACACCUGAAGAAGCCUUUUCAAUUCUUGGUGAAAAGGUUGUGUUUUCUAGUGGAAGUCCAUUUGACAAUGUGGAUCUUGGUGAUGGGAAGAUCGGCCACUCUAAUCAAGGAAAUAACAUGUAUCUCUUUCCCGGAAUAGGACUUGGAACCCUGUUGUCUGGUGCACAGAUUGUCUCUGAUGGGAUGCUUCAGGCCGCAGCAGAGCGCUUGGCUUCAUACAUGAAAGAGGAAGAAGUUCUCCAAGGGAUAAUUUACCCUCCAACCUCCAGAAUACGUGAAAUCACUCAGGAGGUGGCAGCAGCAGUUGUGAGGGAAGCUGUUGCAGAGAACAUAGCUGAGGGAUAUCGUGACAUGGAUGCACGUGAACUUGCAAGACUCAGUGAGGAAGAAACUGUCGAUUAUGUCAAGAAGAACAUGUGGAAUCCAGUGUAUCCAACAGUAGUGUACAAGAGGGACUAGAGCUCUACUUUCGAUGUAACAUAUCUGUUCAUUGAUCAUGCACAAUUUACUUUAGACUACCUUCUCGAUCUUUGGGAAUGUAGCCACCUCUGCUACGAGCGUGGAAUCUCGAUUAUUUUAAUGCAGCUGCAACACGAUAGAACACAUCAUUGAUAUCAGUUUUAAUUGGAUCUACUGCUAUCAGAGGUACACUUUGUAGUGUAAGGUUGGCUCCCUGUCUGUCACCUUUGAAGUUGGUGUAUAAUUUUUAUCUCAACUAUUGGGUUUUCAAUAAAUGAGAUUUGCAUCCUA